UAAUUCCACACAAGUUCAAGCAAGAGGGCCUAUAUGGGUUCCGUUCGUGGAGUCGUUAAAUAACAAGCUUAAACAAGAAAGCAUAUCCAGAACUACUUGUCAUAGGCAAUAAUGGCAUCUCCACUUACUUUAGAUGGGAAAACCAGUUUUUCUUCUCUCUUUAAUUACCUUUACUUUUUCUCUUUUGCUUCCCGGAUCCUUCUCUUUUUUUAUAAGUUUCUUAUUUCUUGGCGACCCUUUUUCCUCUCGUGCAAGAGCUGGCUUCUGGUACACCUCGCCCCUGGCUUUCUCUGAAGUCUUUAUCCAUCAAAGUAAGAAGCAUGCUUUACUGUUGUAACUCACCAAACAAGUAUAAGAGGUUGGAUGCAAAGCUUGAAAGGAAAAUGGUUGAGGCCAAGAAAGGUUCCUCAGGAUAUCACAAUUUCAAGUCAAUUAACAGCAUAAUUAUGAAGUUCCCUCAGUUAAGAGACAGUUUAAAAAACAUUAGAGCUGUGUUUGAACAAUAUGAUGAGGACUCUAAUGGAACUAUUGACCAUGAGGAACUAAAGAAAUGCUUACAGAAACUGCAACUCCAUCUGACCAAGGAGGAGGUUGAGGAUCUUUUCCAUUCAUGUGACAUUGAUGGCCGUGAAGGGAUACAAUUCAAUGAGUUUAUUGUUCUUCUCUGUCUUAUCUAUCUUCUGAAGGGGCCUUCUUCCUCUAAUACUACGUCAAGGUUGGGUUCGCCACAGCUUGAAGCGACUUUUGAUACUGUAAUUGAAGUAUUCUUGUUUCUCGAUAAGAAUGGAAAUGGAAAGCUGAAUAAGAAUGACAUGGUCAAGGCAUUGAAUGAUGCUUCUCCUCAGGAGAAAUCCCCUUCUCACAUAACUCGGACCCGUUUCGAAGAAAUGGACUGGGACAGGAAUGGGCAGGUCAGUUUCAGGGAGUUCCUCUUUGCUUUCAUCAAAUGGGUUGGGAUUGACACGGAUGAAGAAAUAUCUCUUACAGGAGGUUAAACAAAUACAGGACAGGUUUGAAAUGAACUGGAUGUAAAGAGUUGAUGAGGUCAGGUUAAUAAAUUUGUGUAUAUACCUAGAGUUGCAAAAUAUGUAAAUACUUGAUAUCAUCUCUAGUUUCAAUCAUUUAAGAUUUCUUUACAGAUGUUUAUAGUUUGGACCAUCUUGCGGAUCCCAAUGAUAUCACUGAUGUUUAUCUUA